CUGGCAGACCGACUGACGCACCACUGUGUACCAGGCCCUGUUGUUAGAACCCACCCAGCCAUAGCCCUGACUGGGGUGGUCUAGCUCUCUCCGUUUCUCUCUAUUGCUCGAAGCGGAUACUCCCUGCAUGGAUACACUGAGGGAGGCUGUUAGCUGAUAUUAACGGAAGGAAAAAUAUCAAGGAGGAACCCACUGCGGUUGUUGAAUUCGAGGUGGUUUGGUGUCAGGUGUCUACCUGGCGACAAGCCCCUCCCCUCCUGACUGAACUCCUCUAUAAAUACGUCGCCCCCCACUGACAGGAAGCAUGGCGGGGGCUUCAGUGAAAGUGGCAGUCCGGGUCCGCCCCUUCAACUCUCGAGAGAUCGGGAAGGAGAGCAAGUGCAUCAUCCAGAUGACAGGGAACACCACAACGAUCCUAAACCCCAAACAGCCGAAGGAGAACAAGAGCUUCAACUUCGACUACUCCUACUGGUCACAUACCACGCCGGACGACAUCAACUAUCAUUCACAGAAGCAGGUGUACAAAGACAUUGGAGAGGAGAUGUUGCUGCAUGCCUUUGAGGGCUACAACGUGUGUAUCUUUGCAUAUGGCCAGACUGGAUCUGGGAAGAGCUACACCAUGAUGGGCAAGCAGGACCAGAAGGACCAGCAAGGCAUUAUCCCUCUGCUGUGUGAGGACCUCUUCACCAAGAUCAGUGACAGCAAUACCGACAACAGCUUGUCCUACUCGGUAGAGGUGAGCUACAUGGAGAUCUACUGUGAGCGUGUGCGUGACCUGCUGAACCCAAAGAACAAAGGGAACCUGCGUGUGAGAGAGCACCCCCUGAUGGGGCCCUACGUGGAGGACCUGUCGAAACUAGCCGUCACCUCCUACAACGACAUCCAGGACCUGAUGGAGUCUGGCAACAAGGCCAGGACGGUGGCAGCCACCAACAUGAACGAGACCAGCAGCCGCUCUCACGCUGUCUUCAACAUCAUCUUCACUCAGAAGAAACACGACAUGGAUUCAGAGAACACGUCUGAGAAGGUGAGCAAGAUCAGCCUGGUGGAUCUGGCUGGGAGUGAGAGAGCCGACUCUACAGGAGCCAAAGGAACCAGGCUGAAGGAAGGAGCAAAUAUCAACAAAUCUCUAACCACACUGGGAAAAGUCAUCUCUGCUUUAGCUGAAGUGGACUCCGCACCAAAUAAGAACAAGAAGAAGAAGAAGGUGGAGAGCCAUAUCCCAUACAGAGACUCAGUGCUGACCUGGCUACUGAGAGAGAACCUGGGAGGUAACUCUCGCACCGCCAUGGUGGCAGCCCUCAGCCCUGCUGAUAUCAACUAUGACGAGACCCUGAGCACCCUCAGGUAUGCAGACCGCGCUAAGCAGAUCCGCUGUAACGCUGUUAUCAACGAGGACCCCAACAACCGUCUGGUGCGUGAGUUGAAGGAGGAGGUGUGUCGCCUCAAGGACCUCCUCUUUGCUCAGGGUCUGGGAGAUAUCAUAGACAUGACCAAUGCCAUGACUGGGAUGAGCCCCUCCCCCUCACUCUCUGCUCUGUCCAGCCGCGCGGGCUCCAUGGCAAACCUGCACGACCGCAUCUUCAGCCCCGCCUCCGAGGAGGCCAUAGAGAGACUCAAGGAAACAGAGAAAAUCAUUGCAGAGCUCAAUGAAACAUGGGAGGAGAAGCUGCGACGUACUGAAGAUAUCCGGAUGCAGAGGGAAGCCCUACUGGCUGAGAUGGGUGUGGCCAUGAGAGAAGAUGGAGGCACCGUGGGCGUGUUCUCCCCCAAGAAGACCCCUCACCUGGUGAACCUAAACGAGGACCCACUGAUGUCUGAGUGCUUACUCUACUACAUCAAAGAUGGGACCACCAAGGUGGGUCGUGAGGACGCCAGAAGUCGCCAGGACAUCGUGCUCAGCGGCCAUUUUAUCCAGGACGAGCACUGCACCUUCAGCAGCACCACAGGCCCCGGGGGAGAAGGGAACGUCUUCCUGGAGCCCUGCGAGGGGGCGGAGAUCUAUGUCAACGGGAAACUGGUGACCACGCCUACUCUGCUUCGCUCAGGGAACCGCAUUAUCAUGGGGAAGAGCCAUGUGUUCCGCUUCAAUGACCCGGAGCAGGCGCGGCAGGAGCGGGAGAGGACGCCCUUCGCUGAGACCCCCGUGGAGCCCGUGGACUGGGCCUUCGCCCAGAGAGAGCUGCUGGAGAAACAGGGCAUCGACAUGAAGCAGGAGAUGGAGUCAAGGCUUCAAGAGUUAGAAGAUCAGUACCGCAGAGAACGAGAGGAGGCCAGUAACCUUCUGGAACAACAGAGACUGGACUAUGAGAGUAAACUGGAGGCCCUGCAGAAACAGGUGGACAGAAACUCCCGUUGCCUGGAGCCCCCAGAGGAAGAGGAGGAGCCUGAGGAGGAAGUUUUUCCCAUAGUUCCAUGGACCACGUGUGAGACGGAGCUUGCACUGUGGGCUUUCCGUAAGUGGCGUUUCUACCAGUUUACCUCCCUCAGGGACCUGCUGUGGGGAAACGCCAUCUUCCUCAAGGAAGCCAACGCCAUCAGUGUGGAGCUCAAGAAGAAGGUCCAGUUCCAGUUUGUGCUGCUGACCGACACUCUGUACUCCCCACUGCCCCCGGACCUGCUGCCCCCCAGCGUGACCAAGGAGAGGGAGAGACAGCCCUUCCCUCGCACCAUCGUAGCAGUGGACAUCCAGGACCAGAAGAACGGGGCCACACACUACUGGACCCUGGAGAAACUCAGGCAGAGGCUGGACCUGAUGAGGGAGAUGUAUGACCGUGCGGCGGAGGUGCCCAGCAGCACUGUGGAGGACUGUGACCAGGCCCUGACCGGGGGAGACCCCUUCUAUGACCGCUUCCCAUGGUUCCGUCUGGUGGGCAGGGCCUUUGUGUACCUGAGUAACCUGCUGUACCCCGUGCCCCUGGUGCACCGUGUGGCCAUCGUCAGUGAGAAGGGAGAGGUGAAGGGCUUCCUCAGGGUGGCAGUGCAGGCCAUCUCAGCUGAUGAAGAAGCCCCUGACUACGGCUCUGGUGUCAGACAGUCAGGAACUGCCAAGAUCUCCUUUGAGGACCAACAGUUUGAGAAGGUAGAAUCAUUCCAGACAGAGUCGUGUUCUGGCAGCAUGUCUCACUCUAACACCUCCCAAGAGGAGCUCCGCUUUGUUGAGGGGGAGGGACAGACCUCUGACAUAGGAGCUGACCCUGACGAGGUCAACAACAACACCUGUGCUGACUUGUCCCCCGUCACAGCCACUCCGGAGGCCCCUCAGAGCCCGUUGAAGGGGGUUCUGGGUCUGGAACUACCCCUGGAGCUAAACCAGGAGAAGGCCCUGUCCCACCUCCGCAUCGGAUCCACUUUCACCUUCAGGGUCACCGUGCUGCAAGCCUCCAGCAUCUCUGCCGAAUAUGCCGAUAUCUUCUGCCAGUUCAACUUCAUCCACCGACAUGACGAGGCUUUUUCCACUGAGCCACUGAAGAACACAGGCAGAGGACCUCCUCUGGGAUUCUACCAUGUACAAAAUAUCACGGUAGAGGUCACCAAGUCGUUUGUGGAGUACAUCAAGACCCAGCCCAUCGUCUUCGAGGUGUUUGGUCACUACCAGAAACAGCCGUUCCCACCUCUCUGCAAAGACCUCAUCAGUUCACACUUUUUUUACAGUCCCCUUCGACCUUCUAGGAGGCAAUUCCCGAGGGUCAUGCCCUUGUCUAAACCAGUGCCGGCCACCAAGCUAAACACCUUGACACGCUCCAUGGCAGGCCCAUGUCACUCCAAAUAUGACCUCAUGGCCUUCUUUGAGAUCUGUGAGCUGGAGGCCAAUGGAGACUAUAUCCCUUCAGUGGUGGACCACAGAGGUGGCAUGCCUUGCCAUGGAACCUUCCUCCUUCACCAGGGCAUCCAGAGGAGGAUCACAGUUACCAUAGCACACGAGACAGGAAAUGACGUAGAGUGGAAGGAGGUCAAGGAGCUGGUGGUGGGGCGUAUCCGGAAUACUCCGGAGGCUGACGAGACCAUAAUUGACCCAAACAUCCUCUCCCUCAACAUCUUGUCUGCAGGCUACGUCUGGCCCUCGUAUGACGACAAUGUUUCCCUGGGAGUUGACCAUAGGACGUUUUACCGGUUUGAGGCAGCAUGGGACAGCUCCAUGCACAACUCCCUCCUUCUGAACCGCGUCACUCCCUAUGGAGAGAAGAUCUACAUCACCCUCUCAGCCUACCUAGAGAUGGAGAACUGCACCCAGCCGACGGUGAUCACCAAAGACUUCUGUAUGGUGUUCUACUCCCGUGACGCCAAGCUCCCUGCCUCUCGCUCCAUUAGAAACCUUUUCAGCACCGGCUGCCUAAGGCCCUCAGAGAGUAACCGUGUCACUGGAGUGUAUGAAGUCAGUCUCUGCCAUGUCGCUGAUGCCGGAAGUCCAGGCAUGCAGCGGCGGCGCAGGCGCGUCUUGGACACCUCAGUGGCGUACGUCCGUGGAGAGGAGAACCUGGCUGGGUGGAGGCCCCGUAGCGACAGCCUCAUCCUGGACCACCAGUGGGAGCUGGAGAAACUCAGCCUGCUGCAGGAGGUAGAGAAGACCAGGCACUACCUGCUGCUGCGGGAGAAACUAGAGGCCACCCUGGCCGCGGGGCAGGACGCGCUCUGCAAGAGUGGCGACAUCAGCGACUUUGCUAAGAGCCCCAUCCUCAGCUACAGCCCCGGGGGCAGUCCCGCCCUGGAAAGCCCCAGCCAGAGGCAAAGGGAGCUGGCUGCCAAGUGUCUGCGGUUGCUCAUGCACACCUUCAACAGGGAGUACAGCCAGGUGAGCAGCAGUGCCAGUGAGAGCAAGCUGUCUGAGAUGUCAGCGUCGCUGAUGUCACCGUCCUCUUCUGGUCUGAGCACGCUAACGCCGUCCUCUACUUGCCCCUCCUUGGUGGAGGGACAUUAUGACAUCAGACACAUUGAGCCCAGCUCUGGAGCUUCAACCCCAGACCUGGACCCCUUCAGCCCUGUAGAUAGGAAGAGGAUCCCGGGUAGAGGCUGCACUUUUGUCCCUGACAUCCAGGAGAUCCGCGUCAGCCCCAUCGUGUCGAAGAAAGGCUACCUGCACUUCCUGGAGCCCCACACCAGUGGCUGGGUGAAGCGCUACGUGGUGGUACGCCGGCCCUACGUCUACCUGUACCGCAAUGAGAGGGACAAUGUGGAGCGCGCUGUCAUCAACCUCUCCUCUGCCCAGGUGGAAUACAGUGAGGACAAGCAGACUCUGCUCCGGACUCCAAACACAUUUGCAGUGUGCACCGAGCAUCGUGGAAUACUCCUCCAGGCCAGUAAUGACAAGGAGAUGCAUGACUGGCUGUAUGCUUUUAACCCCCUGCUCGCCGGAACUAUCAGGUCUAAGCUCUCCAGAAGAAAGUCAGGCCCAAGGAUUGCUCCAUCCUGUCGCUGAUACUUCCCCAAACUGCACUUAAAACCAUCCCAGCUGAUGCCCUAUUUGAAGCCUCUUCCUGGUUACCUGGAACAUGCACAGUUUAAACUACCCAUCAAACACCCUUAAUACCCAUGUAAGACCCUGUGUAGUGGGGCUUACCCCUGCUGGCUGUAUUGUGCCUGGUUGUGACACGCCCCAUUGUCAUGUGCACGUAAACUUUACCGUUAUCUAACAUGCUAACAGUCCCCAUAGGGUUUAUCCAAACAAAGAGAAACGUUAUAGUGUAUAAGUCUUAGUCCAAGUUGUUAUCAGUUCCAAUGGCCUGCCACUUACUACCGCCCCACUCUGACUGUACAUUAUACCCCAGAUCAAAACCACUCAUGUAUUUCUUAUAAACACUGUAGACUGAUAAGAAAAAUAUUAAUGGUGACAUGGUAUAUUCCCUUUUCUAGUCCUCUCAUAAGAGAUAUCUGUUUCUGUGUGUGUGUUCUCAUGUUAAAACAGCAUAUCCACAUUUACCUCAUGUUGAAAUGGCUGCCAGUCACAAACUGGAACUCGUUGUCAUUGCAUCUGUUUUGUAUCCAAGGUUUUAGACAGUAUAGGAUGAACGUGAUAUAUCGAGGUUUUAGACAGUAUAGGAUGAACGUGAUAUAUCCAGGUUUUAGACAGUAUAGGAUGAACGUGAUAUAUCCAGGUUUUAGACAGUAUAGGAUGAACGUGAUAUAUCCAGGUUUUGGACAGUAUACAGUGGGAUACUGUAAUAGUUGGAUAAUGUAAUGGACAGAUUAGGGUAAUGGGGAUAUGAUAGGGCAAUAGGAUGACUCUUUGCCUUCCAUGCUUGGAGAAUGGCGAGUUCACUGUGUUGACAUUUCAUAGUAACAUGUUUGUAGAGCAUUAGGCAAUAUAAUACGCCACCUGCCUGACUCACACUGGAGAGCAAUGUGUCCUUGACCGUUUACAUAUUCUUUGUGUAUAUAUAUUAUUUAUUUGUUAUUUUAGUUUCAAUUUAUAUAUCACUGACCAGUUAAAUUUAUUUGUAUGGGAUCACUGACCACUUUAAUUUAUUUGUGUGGGAUCACUGACCAGUUUAAUGUAUUUGUAUGGGAUCACUGACCAGUUUAAUGUAUUUGUAUGGGAUCACUGACCAGUUUAAUUUAUUUGUGUGGGAUCACUGACCAGUUUAAUGUAUUUGUGUGGGAUCACUGACCAGUUUAAUUUAUUUGUGUGGGAUCACUGACCAGUUUAAUUUAUUUGUAUGGGAUCACUGACCAGUUUAAUUUAUUUGUGUGGGAUCACUGACCAGUUUAAUGUAUUUGUGUGGGGUCACUGACCAGUUUUGUCGCAUGGCACUUUAUUGUUGCAUUAUAUUCUCUUGAGUUGAUGUCUGUCCCAUUCACUCAGUUGUUUUUAACCAAAGCAGUCCAAUCUAUUUAAAAUAGUGAAGAUAUCCUCUGUCAUGUAGACUUGAAAAAAUGGCUCCUAGGUUUUAGUGAGAUAUUAAUGUAAUAUCUACGAUUCUGCUAUUGGCCCUGAAUGUCUGUUUAUAAGUUAAAUAUUCCACAUGGAUACACUAAGAAUGGCUCCUCUCCAGCAAGAGGAUGUUUAUUGCCUUCUAUGGUGGUGGGUUACUUUGUGUUCUAUGGUGGUGGGUUACUUUGCCUUCUAUACAUUUACAUUUAAGUCAUUUAGCAGACGCUCUUAUCCAGAGCGACUUACAAAUGGUGGUGGGUUACUUUGUGUUCUAUGGUGGUGGGUUACUUUGUGUUCUAUGGUGGUGGGUUACUUUGCCUUCUAUGGUGGUGGGUUACUUUGCCUUCUAUGGUGGUGGGUUACUUUGCGUUCUAUGGUGGUGGGUUACUUUGUGUUCUAUGGUGGUGGGUUACUUUGUGUUCUAUGGUGGUGGGUUACUUUGUGUUCUAUGGUGGUGGGUUACUUUGCCUUCUAUGGUGGUGGGUUACUUUGUCUUCUAUGGUGGUGGUUUGCAGUAUAUUGAAUAAUUUAAAAGAACCCUGUGAUUAUACUCUAUUGAUAAGUUAGUGGGAUGUUUUCGACCUUUUUUCCACCAGUCGAGUGGUCUGAAAGCGCAUCGCUAUGCACCAGGUAGUGCCUCCCUUUCUCCACUUUGCUCUCUCUCUUUCCUGUUUUUCAUCAAAUCCACACUUUAGUAUUGUUGACGUCCACCACAUUAGCUCAAUGUUACAUGUAUUGAAGCAAGCUUUUAUUUACUCUGAUGCUAUGAACCUAAUAUUGAUGCCGUGUGUCCAUGUGAUUCUAUCCAUUUGGACUAAUAUGUGUACAGUCUAUAGGCUACAGUAGCUUCUUGUGUAAAGUAGCAGCUAACCUCUUCUGCUUUGCUUUUGUAUAGCUGUUUUACAGCCUGAUGCUUGUGUCAGAAACCUAUACAGUAUGAACCUGUAGAUGUUAUGAAGUCGCACAUCCUGGGAACUUUGGCUGUGGUUUAUUGUCGCCGUGACCAUUCUUUCACACCCAGAUGACCACAAACUGCUAUCUGAAACGAGAGUAGUCCAAAGUGAAUCAAGGUGGCACUGCCGACUGAAGCAAAGUGACUCUUCAGUGCCAUCUUGGUCUAGCAGCCGUAGGAGAUGGACAAUUUCAAACGGAAGUUGCCGGUUGUCUCAUAGUCUGAGUGUUCUAUGCUUUUGUACGUCCUUUUGCUUUAUUGAAAACCAAGCGUUAGUGUUGUGUUUACAGCAUCAUCAUGUGUGAGUGGAUCAUGUCCUAUGGUUGUUCCUUGUUUGUAUGGCGAGGUUCGUGUUUUUGGUCAAACACAAUUCUCCCAUCUAACACAUAGUGUUGGGUUUUUAUGCAUGCCUCAGGCCUGCCAACCUACAGAGCAUGCUCAGAUAGCCACAGCAAGGGAGCAACAUGCAAGACAUGGCAUACUCACACAUGAUGUUCCUCAAAUAAUAUUAAUAAGCGCUUAUAUUCUCAAUUAUGAACAUAUCUUCUUAUAUCCUUCCCACAAGGAAUAUAUUGCGUAUAUACUGCAGUGCAAUAAUUGAGCGUUGAUUGGUUUCAGUGGAAAAUCACACGGUUCUUUGUUUUCUGUUUCUAGAAUGCUGAAACUUAAAUACAACCUAUCACAAGAUAAAUACUAUGAACUAAUUAAAUGUACAACCUAUCACAAGAUAAAUACUAUGAACUAAUUAAAUGUACAACCUAUCACAAGAUAAAUACUAUGAACUAAUUAAAUGUACAACCUAUCUCUGGGUUUCAUAUUGUGGAUCUGUUUUUUAUUUUAAUUUUUUACAUUUGAGUCAUUUAGCAGACACUCGUUUCCUGAGCGACUUACAUGAGCAAUUAAGGUUAAGUGCCUUGCUCCAGGUCACAUCUAUAGAUGUUUUUUUCUCACCUUGUUGGCUCGGGGAUUCAAACCAGCAAUCUUUUGGUUACUGGCCCAACGCUCUUAACUACUAGGCUACCUGCCGACCCGGUUGUGGUCAUCUUGGUGUGUGUCGUAUGCAAAAAUGUGUAUACUUUGGUGUACACUGGUAUGCCACUAUUUUGCCUGCUCGACCAAUGGAAGAAAAGAAAGGUUUAUUUAUGAAUUCUUGUUUCUAUUUGGAGGUGGAUUACAUGAGUAAGGAAUAUUAGGGCUAUUGAAUUGUCAUCCAAGUAUAAUUUACUGUACUUAUCACAUCAUCAUUUAUCAUAUUAAAAAUGUACAGAAUGCAAUAUUAUCCCUCAAAAGAAGGAGAUGUUGUUUUGUUUGAAACAUUACUAUUGUCGCUUUAGCGUUUAGCGUCUACUAACUCUUAACUCUACUUCUUAAAACUAGGAUACUAAUUAAAACUAGGAUACUUCUUAAAGCUAGGAUACUUCUUAAAACCAGUGUACUUCUUUAAACUAAGAUGCUCCUUAAAACUAAGAUGCUUCUUAAAACUAGGGCACUUCUUAACGCUAGGAUACUUCUUAAAACUAGGGUUCUUCUUACAGCUAGGAUAUAUGAAGUUCCAUCCUCAAGGAAGAAGUUAAAACGAUGCAUUUUAAGUUCCGUGAGCCGGCUAUAUAUACAAAUACAGAUGGAUUCUGUUACUGCUUUGACAGCUUUUUUAUGUAGCAUUACAUUUCCCGGAUCCAAGCAUGUGGAUCUGCCUCUUCUUCACCCUGCUCUCUCUUUCCCUCACUGCUUGCUAAUGACGCCCUAUCCCCCUCAGUGCAGCUUUGUAUAGAAACAGCCCCGUAUACUAAACGCCCGCCUAAAUGACUCUGCAUUGAACUUGUCAUUUGAUUGGCUCUUGUCUUGUCAAUAAUGAACCUGAUUGGCUGUGGUGGGUCCGAUCGCACAGAUGUAACCCCCGUUCCAUAAUAACUGGCCUGUGAUGUCAUCUCAGUGCUCACGUUAUCUUUUGAGUGUUGGAGUUCUAGUGUCUUCUAAUGUUUGUGGACACGUAAACAAUUUGUCAGAAUAAAGUGAAAUAAAUGUGGAACUUAUGCAACAUU